UUCCAGUCGUCAGUCCGUGUUCGACCGUCGCUGAGAGUCUUGGUUAAGUGUGUGACACAAUUUGUGCUUUUUCUGUGUAAUCCGUGUUUAUUAGUGUUUUGUGACAUCCCAGCCUAUUAUACUUCGUUUCUGAUAUAUAAGAUGACCUAAGUGGCUGUGAUGCGAGGUGCGGUGCUAAGCGUUCUGUUGGCGCUGAGCGCGGCGCUGCUGGCGGAGGCUGAGGGGGCAGGCGCGUGCCCAUGGGCGUGCGCGUGCCGGCCCGGCGCCCUCGACUGCGCCCACCGCGGCUUACUGCACGCGCCUAGACGUCUGCCCACUGACGCGCAUCGACUAGACCUGCAAGGCAACAAUUUGACAAUCAUCUUCCAAAGCGACUUUCAGAAUCUGAACGAACUGAAGAUUUUGCAGUUAUCUGAAAACCAAAUUCACACAAUCGAAAGAGAUGCAUUCUUAGCGUUGGUUUCACUGGAAAGAUUGAAACUGAACAAUAACAGAAUAGGUCAGUUAGCCGACGGCAUUUUCUUGAGACAGAAACACCUGCAGCGUUUGGACUUGAGCAGGAAUGAACUAACAGCGAUCAGCCGAAGAACCUUCCGAGGUCUGACGUCACUCAAGAGUCUACAUCUAGACGGAAACCACCUCAAGUGUAUUGACGAUAAAGCGUUGGAGCAUAUGAAGAGUUUGGAAGUGCUUACACUAAACAACAACAAUUUGACAUAUCUGUCACUGGAACCAGCGUCGGUCGCGCGACUUCACACGCUGCGUUUGACCGACAAUCCAGUCGUGUGCGACUGUCGCGUCGCAAGACUGCUGGUCGCAUUACGAGCGUCGGCAUUCGUCGGUGUUGGAGCCAGAUGCCAAGCUCCAGCCACUCUCAGAGGGGCUCUGCUCACUGAUUUAGAAGACAGCGAUCUCAUAUGCAAUGGACCAAUAGCAGUGACAUCCAGCGAGUGUUCGGCGGAACCUCGUUGCCCGCCUCCUUGCCGCUGCACGGCGGAGGGCACUCUCGACUGUCGGGAGAAAUUGCUUGCGGAAUUGCCCGCCUCUAUACCGCAUCGCACUGUUGAAAUUCGUCUAGAACAGAACGAGAUAACAGAAGUGGGCGCGGGCGCGUUCGUCGCCAUCAAAGUGGUUGCUAGAAUCGACCUUUCAAACAAUAAGAUUGUCAAAAUAGCAGCUGACGCCUUCAAUGGACUUACCAGACUUACCUCUUUAGUACUAUAUGGGAAUAAAAUAAAAGAUUUACCAGCGGGAAUAUUCCACGGAUUAUCAUCUUUGCAGCUGUUAUUGUUGAAUUCAAAUGAAAUUUCGUGCAUACGGAAAGAUACUUUUAGAGAUCUUCAGAGUUUGAAACUACUGUCUCUGUAUGAUAAUAAUAUCCGUUCAAUACCAAAUGGUACAUUUGAUUCACUAACUGGAAUACAGACUUUGCAUUUAGGUCGUAAUCCCUUCACCUGUGACUGCGCACUUCGUUGGCUCGCGGCUUACCUUCGUAAAAACCCGAUAGAAACUUCUGGAGCGAAAUGCGACUCUCCUAAACGACUCGCCCGGAAAAGAAUAGACGCAUUACGAGAUGAAAACUUUAAAUGCAAACCUGGUGAAGAAACAGAAGGUGAUCGAGGCUCGUGUGGCGCCACUGGUGCGUGUCCCGCCGCGUGCGCGUGCGAGUGGGACGCAAGAGGGGUGCGCGUGGCGUGUGUUAGAGCGGGACAGAACGAUGUCCCUCGCGACCUGCCUAUGGCUACACACGUAUUAUUAAUGUCAGAUAAUAAUCUACGUCAAAUCAAGUCGGAUGGACUAUUUGGAAGACUGCCGGAUCUCAAUAAGCUGGAUUUCCGUAAUAAUGGUAUAACAGAGAUAGAAGAUAACGCAUUCGACGGCGCUGCCAACAUGCAAGAAUUGUUGCUAGAUGGCAACCAUCUGGCAACCGUUACUGAUAAAAUGUUCUUCGGCUUGCACAGUCUUGUUACAUUGUCCUUAGCUGAGAAUAAAAUUAAAUGCAUCACUCCCGGAGCUUUCGAUCAUCUAAACUUGCUGAAAACCCUGACGUUGUCGGGCAACCCUAUCCACUGCAGCUGUCACGUGGGCUGGCUGGCGGGCUGGCUGCGCGCGCGCCGCCUCGCCCCCGCCGCCGCCUGCGCCUCGCCCGCAGCGCUGCGUGGCGCCAACAUACCGCAUCUAGAACUCACUGACUUUAAAUGCACGGCGGAAGACAAAGGAUGUUUAUCGGCGGAGUAUUGUCCAGCGGCGUGCGUGUGCGCCGGCACUGUGGUGCGCUGCGCGCGCGCACAACUCACUUCGUUACCGAAUAAUAUACCGAGACAGACUACUGAAUUGUAUUUAGAAUCAAAUGAAAUCACAAGUUUAGAGCCUGAACAAAUCCGUCAUCUCACGCAGCUGACGCGUCUAGAUCUCUCCAACAACAAGAUAGAUGUACUCCACAAUAAUACAUUCGACGGCCUCACCAAGUUGUCUACACUAAUUGUCAGCUAUAACAGGCUGAGAUGUGUUCAGAGGGACGCCCUCAAAGGUCUAACGCAGCUCCGCGUGCUGUCUCUGCACGGGAACAACAUCUCGAUGCUGGCUGACGGCGUCUUCAGAGACCUGGAGUCGAUCUCUCAUGUUGCGCUAGGCUCCAACCCGCUGUACUGCGACUGCGCCGCGCGCUGGCUCUCCGAGUGGGUGAAGAGCGCGGGCGAGUACGUGGAGGCGGGCAUCGCCAAGUGCGCGGAGCCGCCGAGAAUGCGAGACAAACUAGUACUUAGUACUGCUUCUAGUGCAUUUGUUUGUACAGAGAAAGCACCGAGUGAGGUAAUAUCGAAGUGCGACCGCUGCGUGCGGUCUCCGUGCGCCAAUGGCGGCACGUGCAGCGCCACGCGCGCCGGCUUCGCGUGCGCCUGCGCGCGCGGCUUCCACGGCGACACCUGCCAGCAGCGCAUCGACGCCUGCUACGGCGCGCCCUGCCGCCACGGCACCUGCACCCUGCUGGAGGAGGGGAGGUUCCAUUGCUCGUGUUCAGCGGGUUACACGGGGGUACGUUGCGAGGUGGACAUAGACGACUGCGCUGGCCACAUGUGUCAGAACAACGCCACCUGCAUCGACCACCUGGAGGGGUACACAUGUAAAUGUGCUCCAGGGUACAUGGGUGAGUUUUGCGAGACGAAGAUCCCGUACUGCAGCGCGGAGUUCAACCCUUGCGAGAACGGUGCUACCUGCACCGACCACGGCAGCCACUACACCUGCAGCUGCCCGCGGGGGUACGCCGGCACCAACUGCACCCUCAACCCCGACGAUUGCCUCGACCACAUGUGCCAGAACGGCGCGACGUGCGUGGACGGUCUGGAGGAGUACCGCUGCGCGUGCGGCGCGGGCUACGCCGGCCGCUACUGCGAGGCGGCGCCGCACGCCGCGCUCGGCACCUCGCCCUGCGCGCACCACGACUGCCUGCACGGCGUCUGCUACCUGCCGCCACCUGCGGCCCUACAGGACGAUAUAAUGAUGGAGCGACCUCUACUGGGAGCGACCAAUGACUACCUCUGCAAAUGUGCGCCCGGCUACUCAGGCCGUCUCUGUGAAUACCUCACUUCCCUUACUUUCAAUCACAACGACUCUCUCGUGGAGUUGGAGCCGUUGAGGACAUCACCACAAGCUAAUGUUACACUAGUGUUCAGCACCACUCAGCAUCACGGAGUGUUACUGUACUUCGGUGAGAGCGAACAUCUCGCUGUGGAACUCUUCAACGGCAGGAUCAGGAUCAGCUACGAUGUUGGCAACCAUCCUACUUCCACUAUGUACAGUUUUGAGAUGGUCUCCGAUGGCUCUUACCAUAAAGCGGAGUUACUUGCUGUCAAGAAGAACUUUACUUUAAAAGUGGACGACGGUCCUGCGAGAUCUAUCAUUAAUGAAGGUACUAAGGAGUAUUUACGUCUAGACAGACCGAUGUUCCUAGGCGGAGUUCCCGAAGAUGUAGCUAAAGAAGCCUUUGGUAAAUGGCAUUUGAGGAACAUCACUAGUUUUAAAGGUUGUUUGAAAGAGGCGUGGAUAAACCACAAGCGUGUGGACUUCGUGAACGCGGCGCGCACACUGCGCACGGCGGCCGGCUGCGGCGGGGACGAGCCGCCCCCCGCGCCGCCGCCGCACGCGCUGCAGGAAGACGGCGCACACAAACCGGACCCUUGUGUACCCAACCCGUGUGCUCGCGGGGGGCGCUGCGUGCGCGAGGAGGGCUCCGCCUCAGACUACACCUGCAAGUGCCGCGCCGGCACCGCGGGCGCGCAGUGCGAGCUGCGCACUGGCAUCGGAGGCGCUCCGAGUAUAGCUCUAAACAAGCCGCCAAUACGUAAAAUGAUCAGCAACGUGCAAGCAUCGCCAGGUCCUUUCGAUCGACGAAGAAACACAGCAAGAACCAUCGCAGCAUCUCCAGGUCACAAGUUAUCAGGUGAGCAGUCGACUGCGCAGACAUCGCCAGCUCCCGGAGGCUGUAGGAAGGAGGCGACACGUGACACAGUAAGUGAGGGUAACUGCCGCAGCCGGCGCGCGGUGCGCGGGGCUCGCUGCGCUUCGCGCCCGGACACUCGCGCCUGCGGCAAGGGACAGUGUUGCCAGCCAAAACGCACUAAGAAGAGGAAGAUCCGUCUGGUCUGUGACGACGGCACUCGCUACACCAAAGAAAUCGAAAUAGUGCGUAAAUGUGCUUGCGGGAAGAAAUGCGGCAGGACCUCGCCCUUCCUGCUCUAAGCAGGACCACUACCUGUCGUGGUCCUAACGUGGUCCUAACGUGGUCCUACCGUGGUCCUGACGUGGUCCUACCGUGGUCCUGACGUGGUCCUACCGUGGUCCUAGCGUGGUCCUAUCGUGGUCCUAAUGUACUCAACAUAACCCCAUUCAUCCUCUUCUAAUUCAUAUAGCAUUUCGCUUAUCAUAGAAAUUUCAACGAAAUUAUCAAUAGACAAUAAAUUUUUAAAUAUUAACUGUAAAUUGACAUAACGAUAUUUCAAAAAUGGCGGAUUUCAUAUUAAAAUAUUUAUCUGCUUUAUUUUCAAUAAAACAUUAUUUUUGACUUAAUCUAACCUCUUGUUGUCAAAAACGCGCCAUUUUUUUAGAUUUAGAUAUAAAGGAAAGUAGCUUCGGCCUAAACUAAUAGAAAUGUAGAUUAAAUAAAACUUAAUUGUAAACCGAAUUAACAACAUAUAUAAUAUCCUUCGUUAGACAAAACCUAGUCCUUGCAACGUAUUUUUAGUGUUUUAACAUAUAACAGUUAUAAAAAAACUAAACAUCAAGAUAUUAACAAAAUAAAACUGAAUUUGUUUUAGUCGUAGUUCGUAAAAUAACGAUACAAAUUUUGUUCAACUGGUUUUUAAAA